AUGAAGGAAUGGGAAAAAGGGCAGGAAGAAAAAGAACAAGAAAGAAGAAAAAAAAUAAAGGUAAGAAAAAAAAUAAAAGAAAACGAAGAAAAAGCAAAAAAAAAUAAACGAAUAAAAAAAAAGCGAAGAAAAAAAAAAUCAAAAAAAAAAUCAAAAGAUGUUAAUUCUAAUAAAGAAAAAAAAAAAAAAACUAAAAAAAUUAAAAGCACAUACCUUAUCCCGGAGUUGAGCGAAA